AGAAGAAGCUCGCGUCUAGAAGGGCAAGGCGAUGGGGCGAGCUGACGAGCCGGCGAAUGAGGCCUUCCAGACCAAGGAGUACUGGGAUGAGCGGUACGCGGCCGAAGGCCCCGACGAAGACUUUGACUGGUUCAAGACGUAUGAAGAUCUCGAACCGAUCCUGUCCGAGUUGAUUCCCGACAAGAAUGCGCGGGUGCUCAUGCUGGGUUGUGGCAACAGCACAUUGUCGGUCGACAUGGCCACGCAUGGCUACGCGAACAUUGUCAACAUUGACUACUCCGAGGUGCUCAUUGACAAGAUGCAGCGGCGAUACCCCUCGCUGGACUGGAGAGUGCAUGAUGUCCGCCAGCUAAAGGAGCUGGACCACGAGGGGUCCUUUGACGUCGUCAUUGACAAGGGCACGAUGGACGCCCUCAUGGCCGAAAAGGGCUCCGUGUGGGACCCGUCCGAGACGGUGCGGAGCAACGUGCAGGCGGAGAUCGACGGCGUCGUCUGGCUGCUCAAGCCGCACACCGGCGUCUUUCUCUACCUGACGUGGAUGCAGCCCCACUUUCGGCGGCCCUACAUCGAGAGACGCGAGCGGUGGAGUGUCGAGACGCGGACGAUGGGCGACGCCUUUCACUACUUUUUGUACAUUGCCAAGAUGCUGUAGCACUAUCACUACUACUACUACUACUACUACUACAUGAC